CUACGUAGCUUAGUGAAAAUGGAGUCGGAGGCUGUCGCGGUUGUCUUUUCCUAACUCCUCAUGAAGUACCCUUACCAUCUUUUCCUUGACCCCGUGACGUUUUCCACAGAGGUCAAGGAAAAGGGGUUAGACGUUAGGUCAUGUUAGGAGGUAAUUUGUUGGACUUUUCCGCAGCCUGGACCUCAAACGAGGGGGACAUCAUGGCCACGCCCAUUCCGGAAACAGGACUAGUGUACCAACUUAACCCUUUGCUGGAGCUUCUAAUGCGACAUCUCUACUUGACAGUAUCCUUGCUACAGUGUUGACAGCGGAGGGGAAACACCGACUUCCGAAUACGGGCUGUACAAGAAUGUGUCGCUUUUGCUUCUUGGACAUUGAAACGACUCUCACAAGCGGUGUCGGUUGUAUGAUAAGUAUGCAGCCUCUGGAGGCGGAAGCAGACACUACCCGCUGCUUCAUGACUAUGACAUGAUGAAUGGGUUGCCUCUUGUGCUUUAUCUCACAUUACUUCUGGAUUCCGUGCUCAGUUCAGUGCUCAGUUCCCUACCUGCGCCGGUCAAUGCUAAUGUCCACUCGGUCAACUUCCACCAUGUCCUGCGUUGGGAACCUGGACUUGGCACCCCAGUAGGAACCCAGUACAAGAUCAGCUGGAGGGUGAUCGGGAAAGAAAAGAAACAUCCAUCGUACUCCAAUACAACAUCAUUUAAGCUGAACAUUCCAGACAACACAAUGCGGUAUAUCCUGACUGUCCGGGCGUCCUACAACCAGACCCUGUCUCAAGAAUCCAACAGAGUCAAAUUCUACCCUAUGGCACAGACCAUAAUAGGUCCUCCAAAAGUCACUCUGACUGGAUGUGGCAACUGCAUCCAUGUCAACAUUUCCCUCCCUGAAGCUGACCGGAGCUCGAGAAUCAAAGAUAUCAAAAAAUUCUACCACGGUUCUCAGUUCAGUGUCCAUUGGAAGACAAAUAAAGGAGCAGUGGAGUCAGCCAUAACACCAAACAAGACGUAUACUGUGAAAAACCUACAGAUAGGCACGGAGUACUGUGUACAGGUGCACACAAAGAUUAAUGUCAACAGAAACACUAAGCCAUCCGCUUGGAAUUGCACCUUCACUAGCAUUGUGGAACCAAGCAGAGAACCUGUUUUUUUAGGUGCAGUUGCUGCUCUUCUGAUAGCUAUUGUUGUCCUGAUGAGCUUCAUGUUUUGCCUCAGCUACACUGGAUUCAUUUGUAAACUGAAGGAAACUCUGCCCAGAGUACUCGAUGUAAGACACAAGGUUCUGGGCCAUGGCUCCACCCUAACACCAGAGAGGACAAUCCCUUACACGAUCUCCAUUGAUGCAGAGAUGGAGGAGCAGAAGAGGCACCACAAUCACCCAGCUCCUCAAACUGCCACCAUGUGCACUGACUUAUAUGACGAGGAAGAAGAUGAGGAAGGGGAAAACGUCUACAUGGAAAGAGACGCAGAGCUUUCCUCUGGGGAAAGUUCCUGCCAGGACUCUGUUGAUGUGUCAGGGAACAGCAAGGUGGCUGUGUCAAGGGUCUCCGGGAGACAUGGGGGGCUCGAUCAAAAUGAGGCCAAAGCUGAAGGAACUGAGGUUUCUUUCAUGCCCGAGGGUCCAGUCACAGAUAAGGUGAAGGAGGAGGAGGAGGAGGAGGAGGAGGUGGAGAAGGUGGAGGUGGUGGAGGUGGUGGAGGAGGAGGAGGAGGAGGAGGUGGUGGUGGUGUGUGAGAACUUGGGCAAUAUAAAUCUGUUCUCCGUUACCCUCGCUGCACUGGCUGUAUGUGAGGAAGAGGGAGGAGAGCAGAAUAGAAGAGAAUCUCUCACAGACUUUCUGGAGCCUCUACUGCCCACAAAGUCAAAGCGGACUCUGAACGACACAGACUCACUAACGGAGUCAGGUGAUCGGACAGCGGUGGCAUUAAUGUCACCUACACAAGAAGACUUUACUGAGUGUGGGUAUGAAACCAGACAUAUCGCCACUUCGUCUGGCUGUCUCAGUUCCUGUGAUGGAGAAACGCAGGAGGAGAAGGAGGAAUUUUCCGGAUAUAUGGGACACACAUGAUAUGUUUCUCUUUGUGUGUAUGAGUAUCAUUAAUAUAUAACUUCCAUGCAAGUACAUUCCUUCUUAAUUGAGAAAAAAAUAUAUUUAAAUGUAGCACUGCCUUCAGUUGUUGUACCUAAACCAGUAAACAAAACAGUGACUGCGAUGGGUUUCGUCUUUAGCUUCUGUACAUUUUGGCCGGUGACCAGAGGGAUUUAAAUGAUAUCUUUUGCUGUCUUAGAAUGCAGCGUUCCACACACCUCCCUUGUCGUUAAAUGUUGCAGAUUGAUGGCUUGAUGGAUGGAUGUCAUGUUAUCGAUUGAAACUGGUCUAUGUAAACACACUUUCAUAUUGUAUAUUACUGGAAGAAAAGAUGAUUGGAUUUUGAAAUAAAAUGCAAAUAAUUUA